AUGAGACCGCUUCCGGCGGAAAUAUUCCAUUUGGUGGUCGAGUUCCUCUCACGUGCUGAUUUCCGUGUACUAUGUCUUGUGAACAAAAGUAUCCGUGCAUUCACUGAGCCACUCCUCUACUCGAGGCGAAAAUCCGAAUCUCCUCCCCCAAUCACUCAAUUGUUACGGACACUCCUUUGCAGGCCUCAGCUGUCUGGUUACAUCACAAACCUCUACCUCAAAGGCAAUGUCUCGUCUCUGGGUGCGAAGCACUGCAUUGAUUCUAGAGUCCCCGUUUCCAGCGCCGAGAUAGACAAAACCAUUGCUUUUGUCCGGAAAACCAGAGUGCGCUUUAGUGAGCUUUGGAUAGAAGGAUUGUCAAGAUAUCUUACCAUUCUUUCAUUUACUAAGCGUUCAACGGAUGAGAGUCGCGAUCCAAACUCCGGUUUCGUUUAUGCGAAAUAUAGCAAACUUACCUAUUCUAUUCUAUCGAGGCUGAAAGCACUUGAAUUGACCGUAGUCCGGGAGUCAUACCUAUACGAAGAAUUCUAUUACGAUUCUGGUAUCGAUGAUAAGGUUAAUACGCCUAUCAUCGAUCUUGAUUCUCUUAGUGCUACGAUAUCUUAUAUUCGGGAUACUUUAGAGGAUUUAACCAUUUUUGCUAUGGUUGACCUCGGAGGUAGCGAUCAAUUUAAUCCUGCCGUUCAGAUAAAGGGCUCGCUAUAUGCUUUGACUUCAAACCCCGUUACUGUAGCGUUUCUAGUAGGAUUUACACAAGACACAACGAAGCGAGUCCAGGAAAUGAUCCCAAAGAACGUCGAAUUUAUCACCCUCACGUACGACUUAAGGAAUCAAAAUCUGGAUGGAAUAAGUGCACCCCAUUUGCCUAGGUGGAAUUGGAUGGAUUACGCCGUUUUCGGCCUUAUUCAAUCAUGGAUGAAAGAUUGGAAAGCGUGCACUCCAAAUCUUCGUGGCAUUUCUCUAGUGCUAAACGAAUUAGAUAUUGGCGAAUGGUGUGCUAGUAUGAGGGACCAGCUCAGGAAUUUAUGUGCUCAAGCUGGUGUUGAACUUGGAGAUUUAUGUGGAAAAUGA